AAACGUAAAGAAAAAAGGCUGCUUAUACUACUUUUUCGCGUGCAUACACACUGAGCUUGUCACCAUAUUGCGGGCCAAUGAAUCUCUGGCCACUUGCCAACGUCUACCCAUUCUGUUAUCAGCUCAGGAUCAGGCAGACAAUCGCCAUUAGCUAACGCUAAUUAUAGCCUACGGCUCGCGGUCCUGGGGUGACACUACCUUUUAGUUGACAGCUGAACAUGCCAGUUUUCUGACCCUAUGCUGCACGCGCACCCAAGGCUCUGGAUGAAAUUACAAACAUUGAAGGGGUUGACGAUUUCCCCAAGCGAUUUGGCAUUGUUGUGUCUGUUUGUUUUGGGGUCGGAACACAGUGCAGCUUUUCUUUUUAACAAGUCUGAAUCAAGUCAUUCAACUGUGGCCAAAAUUCAACAUGUCUCUUCUGGAUCAGCUGAUCAGCAGUCUCCGGUAUGCCGUCACGCACCGACUAGCCUACACUUCUGCUCCAAGCCAAACGGAACACAUUUCCCAAGGGGCUUUGCGAACAUCCGUUGACGUGGCCGACGUUGCACAGCAAACCGGGUGGAUUUAAACUUUGGCAGGAGCGGAGCGGAGCAUUGGCUCUUGUUGCAACAUAUGUUUGACUUUAUUUUGUGUUUAUUUAAUCUUAUUUAACACUAGGUUAUUUGUUAGAAGUUUAUUGUUUUGUGUUUUCUACCGGUUUUGCGAUGUCGGGUAAAACUAAGAGCAGGAGCGCGGCUAACGCCGACUCGAGUACCGUGUCGUGUGAUGAGCGCAUCCUACGGGACUGUCAUCAGAUCUACAUCGAUGCCGACAGCGGGUUGAUCGCUAUCGCCCAGUCCGUCGGGGUCACUCUGCUGCCCCCCCGGAAGAAGAUCACGGUGAUGUUGAUGGGAAACCAUUCGGCCGGAAAGAGCUCCUUCAUCAACUGGUAUGUGGAAGAGCACAUCCAGAGGACUGGGGUUGCCAUAGAGACUCAAGGCUUCAGCUUCGUCACCAGUGGCCGCAAGAGGGAAUCUCUCACGGGUAAUGCCACACUUCAUCUCUAUCCCCACUUCAAGCCCCUGCAGGAGUUUAAAGGUGUAUCUGAGUAUCUGGCGACGGAGAUUUGCACGUCUCGUCAGAAGCGCUUCAGUCUGGUGACGUUUGUGGACUCGCCGGGACUCGUCGACGGUGACAUGAAGUACCCCUUCGAUGUGGACCAGGCUAUCCUCUGGCUAGGGGAGUUGUGUGACCUGAUCCUGGUGUUCUUCGACCCGAUGGGUCAGGCGCUAUGCAAGCGGACGCUCAACAUUGUGGAGAACUUGAAUGAGAAGCACGGCGAAAAACUGCGCUUCUACCUGAGCAAGGCCGACGAGGCCGGAGGGGAGUCCGACAGACAGAGGGUGAUGAUGCAGAUUGUUCAGGAACUCUGCAAGAGGCCAGGGCUCAACAAGUGUGGCUUUGACAUGCCUACAAUAUACAUCCCCAACCCCAACAAGCCCAGUCGAUGUGUGAACCAGAUUGAGGAGGUGUGUCGCACCGUUGAGAGGACCAUCAACCAGACGGUCCAGAACACACUCAACUCCCUGGAGAAGGACUGUGAGCUCAUCACUGAGGCCAUUACAGACACACUCAAUAACGACAGGCAGUGCAGUGUUGAGAACAGGCGUGCGCGCUGUAAGGGGUGUGUGUUGGGUCUGCUGGGCUACACGGUUCCACUGCUGCUGCUGGUCGCACUGGUCAUAGGGAGCCUCUCCAAAGAGGUGCUGGACAUCGCGCUCGGACCGGACGGAACACGCGCCCUCGCGCACCACCUGACUCCAGUGGUGAAGGUGUUUGAGUCGUUGUCGGUGGAGAUGCAGCUGUACGGGUGCGGAGCUCUGGUCUUCCUCUCCUUCCUCCUCCUCCUCAUCGCACGCUGCUCUUUCAGGACGAAGCCAACCCUGUCUGGCAGGCAGAAGAGGCAGCUGCAGGAGAAACUGGAGUAUGUGCAGGACGUGGUCAAAACCAAGAAGAAAAACCUGUAUGAGGAGUACCUACGUCAGAGCGUUGGGGAACAGGACAUGCACUGAGGAGGAAGAGGAGGAGAGGAGCGAGGGAGGAGGAGGAGGAGGAGGAGAGGAGCGAGGGAGGAGGAAGAGGAGGAGUGACUGCGCUUAACCGUUACUUCACUAAAUACUUAAGCACUUCAGCAGCCAAUCACGGUUUACUUACAGACCCUGCUCUGCACCCGUCAGGCCACCUGGGAAAUGUAGUUUACUUGCUGAGGAUCUCUUUCUCUAGUCCUGUAUAAUGUGUUCUUAUGUUGGCAGAAGUGACCCUCUCUGCAUCACACCCUGGCCUGGCCUCGCCCACCAGGGGAUUGGGUCUGGAGCUCCUGAUCAGGGUCUGAUCCCGCCGGCUGCCCCCUGAUCAGUACUCCAGCGUUUGGGUUCUAGGUCCUGAUCAGGGUCUGGUCCUUGCUAGAGUGGGUCCCCCCCCCUCCCCUCCUCGUCUCUCUGUUACUGUAAACUCUUCCCAUAGUCCGAGCACCCACUGCCUACCUGUGCUACCGAUGAUUACCACUAGAGCGCGCUGUGUUUUUAGCAUUCUGUCAGUCUGUCUGUCUGCUCUUCCAAUGGGCCAGAGGCUCCUGCACCAGGCAGUAAGUGUUAACCUCAUCAUAAUCAUUUAGUCACAUUGGUCAUCAUGCUGCCCCGAUGACUUCCUGGUGCGGGAGACCUGUCGUCCUGUUGUAAUGUUGGUCAUGAAGGCUAAUGAACUGCAUUUUUGUACUGAUAUUUUUCCUACAACUUUUUUAUUGAACCUCAGUUACUGUAGCCACGAUGGGUUCUGAUCAUUAACAUGCGAAAUAAAGUACUGAACAGCAAUGUA